AUGCUGUUUCCAAUCCUCCCCACCAUGAUGGGUGUGGAAGAGUUACCCAAGGACAUAUGCCUCUGUGACAACGUCUUCCGUAGUUUGGACCGAUGUAUUGACAAGGGUAUUGAGACUGAGAAAGCCGACACUCCUUAUGCGAGGAUGCAGAUCUGCAAGCCCCACUGGAUUCGCUUCAUCAAGUGCGUGAAGCGCCGGGAUGAGCUAGUGCUUCGCGGGGUCAAGCGCUGGGAGCGCAAUUACUACGGCUCGCUGGAUGAGCCGUCACAGAAGGAAUAUGUGGAGGACAUCGACACCAAGAUGAG